GUCCGCCGUUAUCAUGUGCCCCCCCGCCCAAUGUGGAAACAAAACCUACGCCCCUGGUGAACACAUAUAGCGGGUGGUUGAAAGUUGACUGCAGUAACUCCGGUGGCGGUUAAAACAGGUUAAACUGGGAGAUUUUUUCAAUUGGUUUAUUAAAAAAUUACACAAAUGAGUUAUAAGGAUGGUUUUGGCGUAGACCAAAAACAUGACAUUAUGAGGAAUCACUCUGUAGAGAAGUGAACAGUUCCUGGUUUACCAGUGAAGAAGAAAGAGAGGCAGCGUUAAACCAUCAGAUCCUCCAACAUGAACGUCUGUCAGUCUCUGAUCUGCUUCUUCUUCCUCACACUGCGGGAUGGAAACAUUGGUCUCAUCAAUGCAGAAAUUCCCAAGUAUACAGGAACUGAAGGAGGAGACAUCACAGUUGGAUGCUCGAAUGUAAAGAUGGAGACAUUCUCAUUGACACAGAAGAGGACACAGCUCAGAGAGGCAGAUACAGCAUUACUUAUAAAAAGAUUUCACCAUUUGACACAAUUCUGUAUGUGAGCAUCGGAAACCUGACUCAGUUUGACUCAGUACGGUACAGAUGUGGUUUGGACAGAUCUUUGCCACCAUACCAGGAGAUUGAGAUCCAAGUUACAGAUGCUCCAACCUCUCCUCUCAGACCUUCUUCACCAUCAGUCCCAUCAGCCUCCACACUGAUGACAUCAGAGUUUAAGCUCCACACCUUCAUCAGCCUCCACACUGAUGACAUCACAGAGUUUAAGCUUCACACCUUCAUCGGCCUCCACACUGAUGACAUCACAGACAACAUCUUCUCCUGUCAUCUCCUGUUAUAUAUAUAUAUUAACUUUAUUUGGAAUCUCCCCCUGGUUUUGGGUGUGUGUGUCCCUGUGGUGGUGGUGGUGCUGGCUGUUGUUCUGCUGUUUUUCUACAAAAAGAUCACUCUGAUGGUUCAAACCAGAGAGGAAACACAGACAUCACCAGGACUGAGAUUGACCUCUAUAAGAGCUGCCCUCCACUCUCCACCCGUGCAGAUUCCACCUACCAGAGUCUGGAUCCAGCCUCCAGGGAUCCAGACCACAUCUACUCUACUCUCUCUUAGAUACAACACCUAUGAUGAUGUCAGCAAGAGUUUCUGCUGAAUGCACAGCGAAGCCUGGCUGCUGCUCAUGGCAAUGAAGGAUUUUAUUACCACACUUGGUCUUUCUCAAGGCAAGAAACAAGA